AUUCCAGAUCUGACCAUGAAUCGGUCAGGCUUCUUCCUCGGUGUCCUCAGCCUAGUGGCAUGUCUUGCCUCCAUCGUUCAGGCAUGUCCCCCGAGCUGCCACUGCCACGGCGGAGACCUGCAGCACGUCAUCUGUGACAAUGCAGGGUUAAAGAAGAUCCCCAAAGUGCCUGAGCAAACGCGGCUUCUCAACCUGCAGAAGAACAACUUCCCCGUCCUGCCGACUAAUGGCUUCCGUGACCUGAAAAAGCUGGUGUCCCUGCACCUCCAGGGCUCACGGAUCAAGGAGAUCUCGACCGGAGCCUUCCGGGGGCUCAAGAGCCUGGUCUACCUCUAUCUCACUGAUAACCAGAUCAGUGUCAUAAAGCCAGGAGCCUUCGAUGACCUGUCUGAGCUCACCUACCUGUACCUGGACCAGAACAAGAUCCCAGACCUACCCAAAGGGCUCCUCUCCCCUCUUGUCAACCUCUUCAUCCUGCACUUAGGCAGCAAUAAAAUCCGGGAGCUGAAACCAGGGGUCUUCAAUGGGGCUAAAGACCUGCGCUGGCUCUUCCUCUCUGACAACUCCCUCACCAACCUCCUGCCCGGGGCUCUGGAGGACGUAGAAAACCUCGCUGUCCUCCAUCUGGACAAGAACCAGCUGAGCAGCUAUCCUGUGAACGCAAUGAGUAAGCUGAGAGUGCUGGAGGAACUGAAGCUUUCUCAUAACCCAAUUGAGGUCAUCCCUGACAAUGCCUUCCAGUCCUUUGGGCGUUACCUGCAGACACUCAACCUGGACAACAUGAAACUGAAGAAGUUUGCAGACAACGCGUUCACCAGUGUGACUGUGCUGAAGACCGCUCACCUGGAUAACAACCGGCUCACCCAGCUCCCCCGCAACUUCCCCUUUGACAAAAUGGAGACGCUGACGCUCUCCCGAAAUGCCUGGCACUGCAACUGCCAGCUAGCACAUCUGCGCAAGUGGCUGAAGGGCAAUCGCAACCGCACCGAGGAGACCUGCUCUACACCUGCGCAGUACCGGGGGCAGUCCAUUAGAGACACCCCGGCCCUCCGCACCUGCAAGCUCCCCACCAAGAGGUCCAAGAAGGGAAGCCGCCAUUAAACACGUAAGAUGGUUCACAAGAGUCAUUUCCUAUCGGUAGCUUUUAGUCUGACAUACAGCAAACCCUGAUGCCACCAAAGGUACGGGGUCUUCUGUCUCUGGCAUCAAUGGCACUAGGGUUUGGCUCAAAACAGCUCAUCCAUUCACCCACCAAUGCCUCAGCUCAGAGCUGCUCCA